CUCCAUAGGCAUCGCAUCGUCGUUCUCGCUCGCAUCCAAUUCGCUCGUCUCCUCCUCCGGUCGCCGUCACCCCUCGUCGUCACGCGCCCCCGGUCGCCGCCGUCGCCAUCACCGCACAAACCCCCACAAAGCCACCCGAACCCCGUCCAAAAUGGAUCUCUCUUCCUCAUCCUCCUCCCAUGGCGCAGCUGGCGGCUCCCCGCGCUGCUGACUCGGACUCCGAGAACCCCAGACCCACCGCGCCCGUGCCCAUCACCGUGCCGAGCCCGCGGGCCCACCUGCACCACCCCCACCAUCACCUGGUCGACCGCCGAGACACGCCGCGGGGCCGCGCGUGGGAGCCGGAGAGGAACCGGCGGGGUGAGGCGAUGGACGGGGCGGCGGCGGCCAAGGUAGUGGAUGGCGAGGCUGGGUACGUCCUCGAGGACGUGCCGCACGUGUCCGACUACCUCCCCGAUCUCCCGACCUACCCAAACCCAUUGCAGGAUAACCCAGCAUACUCGGUUGUGAAGCAGUACUUUGUGAACCCAGAUGACACCGUCUGCCAGAAGAUUGUUGUUCACAAGAAUGGCCCAAGAGGGAACCACUUCCGUCGUGCUGGACCUCGCCAAAGGGUUUAUUUCGAAUCGGAUGAGGUACAUGCAUGCAUUGUCACCUGCGGCGGAUUGUGCCCUGGACUUAAUACUGUGAUUAGGGAAAUUGUAUGCGGUUUAUCUGACAUGUAUGGUGUCAGCAAGAUACUCGGAAUUCAGGGUGGGUACAGAGGCUUCUACGCUCGCAACACCAUCAACUUGACUCCAAAGAGUGUAAAUGACAUUCACAAAAGGGGUGGAACUAUUCUCGGAUCAUCACGAGGAGGCCAUGACACCAUGAAGAUAGUUGACAGCAUUCAAGACCGUGGCAUAAAUCAGGUCUAUGUAAUUGGUGGUGACGGUACUCAAAGGGGUGCUGGUGUGAUUUUUGAAGAAGUUAAAAGACGUGGUCUUAAAGUUGCUGUUGCUGGCAUUCCAAAAACUAUUGACAACGACAUCCCAGUAAUUGACAAGUCAUUUGGUUUCGACACAGCAGUCGAGGAGGCUCAACGUGCAAUAAAUGCUGCUCAUGUGGAAGCUGUAAGCGCUGAGAAUGGUAUAGGUCUUGUUAAGCUAAUGGGCCGACAUAGUGGUUUCAUCGCACAUUAUGCGACUCUGGCUAGCAGGGACGUGGAUUGUUGUUUGAUUCCAGAGUCACCUUUCUAUCUGGAAGGUGAAGGUGGGCUUUUCAGAUAUAUAGAAAAGCGUCUGAAGGACAACGGUCACAUGGUUAUUGUUGUUGCUGAGGGUGCCGGACAGAAACUUAUCACGGAAACCAUGCAGUCAAUUGGGAAAGAUGCUUCAGGCAAUGAGCUGCUUCUUGACGUUGGUCUUUGGUUAUCUCAAAAGAUAAAUGAGUAUUUCAAGAAAAACAAGAUGACCAUAAAUCUGAAGUACAUAGAUCCGACAUACAUGAUACGUGCAAUCCCUAGCAAUGCUUCUGAUAAUGUCUAUUGCACGCUGUUGGCUCACAGUGUGGUCCAUGGAGCCAUGGCUGGAUAUACUGGUUUCACUAUCGGUCAAGUAAACAGUCGGCAUUGCUAUAUCCCCUUUUAUAGGAUAACGGAGAAGCAGAACAGAGUUUCGAUAACUGACAGGAUGUGGGCAAGACUGCUCUCCUCUACCAACCAACCAAGCUUCCUCUGCAACAAAGUUGUGGAAGAGGCAAAGAAGGAAGACGAAAGAACGGCCAAACUUUUAGAUGGUUCGCCUUCCCAUCGGAAGGUUGACCAGAAGGUUGCAUCUUCCAACUCUGGUGGUAAGAAGUGAGGUCAACGCCGCUGAUAUGUGCAGAUUUCAGCUGCAGUAGUUAUGGCAACUGAUGAUGCUCGAUUCUCCGUGUCCAGUUUUUUUCUUGGAAAAACAGAUCCUCCCUAUCUGAAUUAGAUCUGAAUUAGAGUGCUAGAUAAAUCUUUCUUUUGUUAGAUUUGUAUUAUUGUUGUCUACAUACUAAAAUUAUGUGCAUGCAUGAAAGUACUAUUAUUUUCUCUAUAAUUAAGUGAAUGUAUUAAAUAUUGGUAAAUUCAUAAAUAAAUAUUGAGAUAUCUUAAAUUAGUGAACUAAUUUUUUUAGUCUUCUUUUGUCAUGCUCUAUGCAAUAAAAAAAAAGUGUAAUGUAGGCGCGCCAAUCAGAUUAGUUACUCUGAAUAGCUAUAUGCUCUUGUCGGCUUACGGAUCGAACUCCGUCCACACCAUCUCAAUUCGCCUGCGAUGAAGGAUGGGUCGUCGAAACAUGAUGUUAUGGCCGAUUGUGCACCGAGGUUGCUUCAGGAGUCGAAGCCUGGCGCCGCGAGGCCACCGCAUGGGCCCAUGGAAGAUCUGCAGGCGUCGUGUGUCGUGGCUCCGUUUCCACCGCCGGAGCUGGCCACAUCACCUCAGAAUGCAGCACAAAUCAUCAGAAGGGCGUUGCCCCCUAGCGUGCGCUUUGGCUCCACCGAUCCACCAUGUUGUAAAUAAAAUUCUCAAUUAUUAUGUAAUUAGAAAUAUAACUGCAUUAGGCAGUUAAUGUUGAAUAUUGUAGACUCAAUUCAUCAAUGAAUACAAGGAUUACAUUAUCUA